GGUGUGACUUUGGAUGAGUACAAACAUUGCACUGAUAAGUUUAACGUUCAUGGUUUAUGGGAAUGGACAAAUUAUAAAGUUUCAGUUUAUGAACUUCCAUUAGAGCUAUAUGAAACUUGUAUUGACACAAUUACUUCAAAAAUAAUUGAGCAAUGCUUUCCUGUUAAAAGAACAAAUGCCAGAACUCGCGCUAAUCGUUCUAGAAAAGAGGCUGACACAUCAUUUCGUCCAAUGAAACUGGAAGUGCCUACACAAACUGGAAGUGAUAGAAAGCCAAAUAUUAUUGUGGAAGUCGCAUACUCUGAAAGUAUAAAUCACAUCUUCGAAAAGGUGAAAGAUUACUGGUUAAAGGAUCUUAGUCAUGCACAUGAUGUAAUAGUUGUUAAAAUCGAUCUGAUUUUUGAGGACGAAACACCUUCGCGCAUGUGA